AUAUUCAAUGUCAUGGUCAUUCUAGAAAGAAAAGGUCUGAAGGUCAGUGCUGGGAACCUUCCUGGCUGCCUUCCAUGGAGGGAGGCUGGAAUGAGCUUUGCCCUGGGGUGUGGUUCUUCCUUGUCACUGAUUAACCAGGUGUGUAGAAAGGCUGCUUCACUGACAUCCUGCUCUGCCUGGAGACUGAUACCUGGCCAAGCUUUGGUGAGAAGCAAAAAAUGUCCACCCGUUACCACCAAGCUGCUAGUGAUAGCUAUCUGGAACUUCUGAAAGAGGCUACCAAGAGAGAUCUGAAUCUUUCUGAUGAAGAUGGCAUGACUCCCACACUCCUGGCAGCCUACCAUGGGAACUUGGAAGCCCUAGAAAUAAUCUGCUGCAGAGGAGGGGAUCCUGAUAAAUGUGACAUCUGGGGAAAUACUCCUUUACAUUAUGCAGCCUCCAAUGGUCAUGCCCACUGCGUCUCAUUCUUGGUCAACUUUGGUGCCAACAUCUUUGCCCUGGACAAUGACUUACGGUCUCCACUGGAUGCCGCUGCCAGCAGAGAGCAGAGUGAAUGUGUUGCCCUCUUGGAUAAGGCUGCCACUGCCCAAAACAUCAUGAACCCCAAGAAGGUCACCAGGCUGAAGGAGCAGGCUCAGAAGAAUGCCAGGAGGCAGAUCAAAGAGUGUGAGAGGCUCCAGGAGAAGCACCAAAAUAAGAUGGCUCGCACCUACAGCAAGGAAGAAUCUGGUACCCCUUCUUCUUCCAAGGGCAGUUUCUCCGGGCCAUCCCUUUCAAAUGCUUCUGCUUCCAACAAAUUCGGGUCACUAUCUAAAGGCAUUAAAGACACCUUCAAGAUAAAGUUCAAGAAGAACAAAGAUACAGCAGAGCAGGUAGGGAAGGAGAGCAGAAGUGGGCAAAGGAAUGUGAUGGAAGUGUUCAGAGAGGAGGAGGAGGAAGAUGCAUUCUCAGGGGACUUCAAAGAGAAGCUCCAGUUCUCAGCCAAGGAGGACAGCUCUGUGCAACACGAAUCCAUUCUCAACCGUCCAGGUUUAGGAAAUGUUGUUUUUAGAAGGAAGAGAAUAUUGAGCCCUGAAGAAAUCUUAGACGGAAAGAGGGAGUUGGGGUUUAAAAUACCCAGUGAAUGGCUUCAGAGACAAGAAGCAGCUGAGGCUGGUGAAGAGGGAGAAGAAAACAACCAUGAAGAUGAUCUGCCUUGGGAUGAGGAUGAAGUGGAGUGGGAGGAAGACGUGGUUGAUGCUACUCCCCUGGAAGUGUUCUUACACUCCCACCACCUGGAAGAAUUCCUUCCUAUUUUCAUGAGAGAGCAGAUUGAUCUGGAAGCUCUGUUGCUUUGCUCUGAUGAGGACCUUCAGAACAUACAAAUGCAGCUGGGUCCCAGGAAGAAAGUUCUUAAUGCCGUAAACAGAAGGAAGCAGGUGCUACAACAGCCUGGGCAGUUGGUUGACACCAGCCUCUGAUGGAGUGUCGGGGCAUCAGUGUGAGUCUGCAGCAGUCGGGGGAUGCUGUGGCCCACUGGAAGCAUUCCAGGCAACACCCAAUCUCUACCCAAUACCAGACGACUAGGUUUCUAGGCUUUUGGAGAUGUCCACCUAAGAAAAGAGGCCCAAACGCUAUCCUGAAAAAUACUCUAUACCUGUCCAAAUAGAUCGUCAGGGAGAAACUCAAGGAGAUCUGCAAAUAAGAAAAUGGCAUUUCUUUUCAAUUAUCCUUUCUAUUUUUAAAUAUAGAACUGGAUGACAGAGAAGGGAAAAUAUUUUCUUUACUUUCCUAACAUUGGACUUAAAAUUUAUAAUCUCUCAUCACACUAGCUUCUGCUUAACUUCUGAUCCUCAUAGCCUAGGGAUUCUAACUCCAGCUCUGUCCUUAGCUCUAUGGCUUUGUCGGUUAGUGGAGACUAAAGUCCCUCCGUUGACUUGUGGCUUGAUGCCCAAUUUAAGUGUGUCUAACCCUUCAACAGAUGUUUACAUGUUUACAAGUAAUAGAAAUGGGUCUAAGGACAGAGACAGGAUGGAAGGUAGGGCAAGAGAAGGAAAAAAAUAGAAUGUAUGGGACCUUUUAUGGACUGAAUUUUUGUCCCUCCAAAAUUCAUAUGUGGAAACCCUGACCUCCCCACCAGUGUGACUGUGUUAAGGUUAAAUGAGGUGAGGCCCUAAUUCCAAAUAACCAUUGUCUUUUUAAGAGGUAGAGACACCUGGGAUGGACAUGCACAGAGACUAGACCAUGUGAAGACACAGCAAGAAGGCAGUCAUCUGUAAGCCAAGGAGGGAAGCCUCAGGAGAAACCAAACCUUCCAUCACCUUGAGCUUAGACUUCCAGCCUCCAGAGCUGUAAGAAAAUAAAUUUCUGUUGUUGAAACCAGUCUGUGAUAUUUUAGCAGCUUUAGCAGACUAAUAUAGUGCUUAAACGAGAGAGUGGGGGAGGAGAGAAAGAAGGAUACAGAAAAGAAGUCUGUAUGAUUUUUAGAAUCACUAGAUGAUUUUUCUAAGGACAAGUGUCUCCUGAAACUUAAAAAAAAGGGAAACUAAAUCUAGGUUCUUGGUAAGGAGAAUUCAGUUGUAAAAGUAAGUUUUACAUUGCUAAGCUCAUUAUGGACAUGUCUUUUGUUUACUGUUAUCUAUCAUUUCUGCAUAUAUGAAUAUGCAUAGGUUCUACAAUAUAAGUGGGCAACACUGCUGCUGACGUUAUUUGAAUGGCAAAUCCCAAACUCAAAUUGAAACCCUACUUGAAUAGCUAAGCUUCAUUGGAUUUUUUUUUUUUUUAGCCAGACUUGCAUUAAGUGGAAUUUACCAUUGAUUAUGUGUGUAAUAUUGAAACAGCUUCAGCAUGCUUCCUGAUUCACAUCUGUUUGGGUUACUUCAAGAGGCACCAUGGAGGAUACAGAUGCUUAGAUCUGACAAACAACUGGCACAUUCUUCCUCAAUGAAUGGAUAGAAAAGGUUGUCAGUUAUUGAAUAAAUAUGUGAUAUCAGGGGAUGAUUAUGUUUCCAAGUAUCACAUUUCCUUGUUCUGAAAUAAACUGCAGCUGUACGUGAAAUAAUGUACACAAAAGCAGCAGUCACAUAGAAGGCACUCAGAAAAAGUUUGCAGUGUCUGAGUCUGCCUGUAUUAGUUUUUCAUUAUUGUAGAUGCCAGGAUCCUCCCUCUGAGCAUCCCCCAGAAUCUGCCUGAUGAGAGACUCGUUGCUAAGAUAUAGCAGAAGUAAAAGCCACUAGGGGAGUGCUACUGUUAACAAAAAGGAUGCUUCCCAUUAAUGCUUUGUACAUCAACAUCAGAGGUAAAAAUAAUAUAGAAAGCCAGAUGAUGUAUUCUAGCAAAUAGGAGGCAGCAUAGGGGGCGGUACAAAGAAUUCUGGACUGGAAACCAGCAUUGCUACUUGGCAGAAUAGAAAUGGGAAAGUACUAUUAGGGAAAAAUAAGAAAAGACAGCAGAAAUGUUACUGGAAUUCAGCAUUAUAGGAUUUGGUCCUGCUUCAUGGGAUUUGAUUAUGUCUCACUGGAAUUUUCCAGGCUGCCCUACUGAAGGGGUUAGCAAUUUGCUCAGAAAUAUGGGAAGGAAGGGAAGGUACGUUUUGCCCAGCAGAACCGGAAGCUCUCACCAGGACCAUCCCAUCGGACUUCCUGUCAAUUCUGUGAUAAGAUAAAGGGAUGUGAAUUUGAAGAACACGUGGAUUUUAAAACCUCACAUAAAACCCAUCCAAUUGCUGGAUUAAAAAGGAAGGAGCAAACAUAAUCCCUUUAUGUAAUAAUAGUGAAUAAUGUAAAACUCUGUGAAGCCAGAAUGGGUUGUUAGAAGUUAUUUUUUUUUCCCAACAGUUACAUUUUAUUUAUAUUAACGUAUCCUAGCUUAUAGACUCUCUAGGCUCGUCUGCCAUUCUCUGAAUAACCCCCGUUCCAUUUAAAUGGUAAAUACUGUAUCCGGGAUUAUCACAAAGAUUGGCUCAAAAUGUAUGAACCAAACAGAAUUACCCUGAGUCUUAUAUCAGGGAGCAAAGGAGGCAAAUUAAAGAGUUCCAGCUCCUGGGAACUCUCCUAUGCCCACUUCCCUAGUGGAGAAGCUAGCGUCUGCCCUACUACAAUGCAAGCUCCUUUAGGAUAGGGAGUUUUCUCCAUCCUGCAUGCACUGAUAUAUACCUUGCACCAAGUGCCGGUCCAUCACACAGCAGGUAUGCAAUAAAUACUGUUGAACAACUGGAUAUGUUGUCUAGGCUGGAAGCAGGAUGCAGAUUGCCCUGGUCUGUUGGUUCCUAGGAGUCUGACCGACUUCAGAGGUUCACACCCCAUCCAAGGGUGGGGGUGGGCGAUGUGAAACUGAAGAGUAACUUUGAAAGGCGAAAGUCUUAUUGCACACACUGCUCUUGAUCCGUUUCCCUCCCCGACUCUAAUAUAGUUGGAGAGAGUCAUCUGUGCUUUUGGUGGUAAGGAUUACUUCUUUUCUGUCAGUAGCCUAGCAGAAGUUAUGGUAGGGGAUCUUAUGGAAAGAAGGAAAGAGGAAAUCUAUGAAUGAAUUAAGGCCCUUUUGAUGGUCUCAUCAUUACAUAUUCUUCACUAUGCAUCCUUUACAGUACAUUUGUGACCAUUAAGAUUCCCAGAAAGACUCCACAGUCACUUGAGGUGUGCAGAACAGAUCACAGGGGUAUUGUAUUCUAGCACAAAGGCUAGACAGCCUGGGAAACAUCAAAAACAUUUAGCUAAGCUACCCAGAGCAUGAAGAGGACCUGCCAGGAGGAAAUUUGGGUAAGAAAACAAAAUAAACAUGAUUUUCUUCGCUGCUGACUUUUAACCAGCCUAGGGGUUGGGGUGGGAGGAUUUGAAUGGGAGCUUUGGCAGGAAUGGGCUACCCAGCUCUGCUAAUGACUCAGAGGACCCGGGGAAAGCAUCUCUGCACCUCAGUUUCCCCAUCUGUAAGUUGAGGAGGUGGCACUACAUGAUUCCUAAUGACUCUUUCAACCCUGACCCUAUAAUGGACAUCUGCAGAUUUUGCCUAUGCAAUACAUACUUCUCCUCCUUUCUGGUAAGAGACCCCUUUCCUUUUGUCAGCUCCUGUGGCAAGAUGGGCUGACGGCACUCCUAACUUCAAGAGGGGGCGUGUGACUCAGGCCUGGAAAAUAGGGAAAUCAGAUCCCCCUGCGUGGUGCAGUGGUUCAGGGACAGGCACAUGGCCGACCAGGCCAAAUAGAAUAUUCUGUUUCCUUUAGCUACUAUGUUACACAUAUGGGCAUAUGACCUAGGUGGUCCAGUGAGUCUCCACUCUAGGACUUCUGUUAAUGAAGAGAAUGUCUAUUUCUGCUUGGGUUGCUGAAGAGGACAGACUGAUUCAGGAGCUGCUGGCACCCAUCCUGCCACUAUCAAGAGAGACCUUACUUGAUAACGGAGCCAACACUGAGGAAAACAGAGCCAAGGGACAGAGAGAGUAAGACUGGGUCCUGAUGACACUCGGAGCUCCCGGAUACAGCUACAGCUGAAACCAGUUACCUGUACUUCUUAACUACAAGAGCCAAUAAAUUCCAUUCCUCAUCCAUUCAUUCAGAUUCAGGCAGUUUGAGUUGUGAUCUCCACAACUUAUGACCAGAGGAGUCCCGACCAACAUGGAAGCUCCACAGUUCCUUGAAAUUUCAGUUAUAUGAAGCCAGAAACAAAAGGCUACAUAACAUAUCAUCCCAUUUAAUACGAAAUGUCCAGAAAAGGCAAGUCCAUAAAAACAGAAAGUAGACUAGUGGUUGCUAGGGACUGGGGGAAAUUGGGAAUGACUGCUUAACAGGUUCUGGGUUUCUUUCUGGAGUGAUGGAAAUGUUCCGAAAUUAGACAGUAGCGAUGGUUGCAUAACCCUGUGAAUAUACUAAAAAUAUUGAAUUAGAUACUUCAAACUGGUGGAUCUUAUGGUGUGUAAAUUGUAU